AUGCAUAGGGGCAAGGGCACUCCACGGCGAAAGGUCAAGAAGGUGCACAAGAGCUCCGGCACCGACGACAAGAAGCUGCAGACGACUCUGAAGAAGAUGAACGUCACGCCGAUCCAGGCAAUCGAGGAGGUGAACAUGUUCAAGUCGGACGGCAAUGUCAUCCACUUCUCCGCUCCCAAGGGUGAGUUACAUACGAUGCAUGUCCUAGCAAGAGAGGAUGGCAGUAUACUGAGAGAAGGCUUGUGCAACAGUGCACGCCGCGGUCCCCGCCAACACCUUCGCGAUCUACGGCAACGGCGAGGACAAGGAGCUCACGGAGCUGGUCCCCGGUAUCCUCAACCAGCUCGGCCCAGACUCGUUAGCUUCUCUGCGAAAGCUGGCGGAGAGCUACCAGAGCAUGCAGAAGGGCGGCGAAGGCGAGGAGGGCAAGAAGGACGAGGACGACGACGAGAUACCCGACCUUGUCGAGGGCGAGAACUUCGAGAGCAAGGGCGACGUCGAGUAA